CUCCUCUCUCUCACACAUCCAUCGUAACUUCGAAGUUCGGUCUCAUCGAAUCGACUACACACAAUCGACUCACCACAGCCCAUCAUCGCAAAGGCACCUCACAACCUCACGACUUCUCAAGAUCUCUUACCUGAUCACAAACAUCACACCUUCUAGACCAAUACACCUAAACCACACCGAUCACAGAUCCCACGAACAAUGUCUCAAACCACAAAAAUUCUCCUCGCCCUCGUCCUCUCCAUCUUCUUCGUCUUCCUCUUCUGGUACAUCUGGGUCAAACUCCUGGAUUGGGAAUUGAAGGUCUGGUACGGCAAGAUCUUGCGCCGUAGAGAGAGGGAGGUUGAACAGACAGAGAUGGAUUUGGAAGCUGGUGGUGGUGGUGGUGACGUGGAGGUUGGUGAGAGUGCUGGUGGCAAGGAUGGUGCAGUAGGUGGACCUGGUGGAAGUGAAGCUGGUGGAGGCAAGCCUGGCAGUAAGGCAGGAGGAAGCAAGAGUGGAAGCAAGACCGGUGGAAGCAAGUCGGGAAGCAAGUCUGGCAGCCUGAUCGCGACUUUCUUGUUUGCCAUGACCGCCCUGGAAGUGGUUGGAAAGCUGAAUGAGCAAGUUCUUGCGGCGGUGUGA